CCUACCCCUAGUAACCUUCAUCGUCAUCUUGGGCCACCGCAGUGAUCUGAUUGCGAUAACAACCUUAUUCACCCCAAGCAUAUUAUAUAUAAACAUUAACUAUCAAGGACGACCUCAAUCAAUUACAAUAUUACAAUAAAUCACAAAAAACAUCGAGAAUCUCAUCAAGGAAUGAAUUCGACAUUCGUUACCACUACCAUUACUUGAAUUCAUCUCUUGGCUAGAGGCUGAUACAAUUACAUACAAUCUCUCUAGGUAUGUGCUUGCACCAUAAGCAUUGAAUGAUUUAAGCCAUUCCAUCCCUCAUUCUUCAUUCUUUCUCAUUACUGUCUCUUCAUUCCUCCCAAAUUCCAUAUAUCGAUAUGUGAAAGGACCGACCGUUCAAUUUUUACUCCCAUAUCAUCCUGAUUCGAGGGGCUCGUACUUGGCGACUACAUCUUGACCAACAAGCAUUUCCUUAAAGCUUCUAGAGAGGAACACGAGCUGCAUACGGAUUCUCAACACUAUUGCCCUUUCAAACUUUAACGUCAAGGAGGGAUUUCUUGGAUCUUCGUUCCCUGGGAGUCUUUUCAUAUAAAACAUGCCGUGGUUCUCCAUUCUUCCUGAAAGUCUAGCGUUUAUCGAAGUGUGGGCUAGAAACACGUUUUUUGUACUGGGUAUACUGUGCAUAGGGCCCUGGCUAUUGACUCUCCUCUUCGAUAUUGGUUUCUACCUUUUCCGCUUAAUACACCAUGAAAUGUCUUAUUUUGGUGGACGAGCAAGAGAUAGACCACGACCGCGUGCACCGAGCUUGAGCGAACGACCGAAUGGCCAAGAACGACCGAGAAUCUUAACAAUGCCCUCAGUGAAUGGGGCAGUCAACAUAGCAGAAAUAUUAGAGGAAAAAGCUGAAGAAAUGAAGAAGGGAAUAGAGGAAGCAGCGCAACCACGGAUAGAUAGCGGCGCGAUAGUAAACGAUUGAACAGCAUCAACUUUUAUGAUAUUAUAACAUAAUUUUAAGACAGCCUUUUGAGGACCUUAAUGAGAUCACCUGUGACACCCAUUGCUGUUACGUCUCCUCCAGCACCA